AUGCCCUUCCUGCACAACCGGCAGGCGAGAAAGAUCACAGUGAGGCUCAAGAUCCUGAGGCUGCUGGAAUGCCCGAUGGAGGGAAGGUAUCUGUACGUGAAGCUCAAGUGGGGUCAGAGCGUGUUCGGACCCAAACAAGAAGACAAGACAGAAAUCUCCUCGUGCGUGAACCGAUCGGUGGAGUGGAGAGAUACUUUCCAGUAUGAGUUCUCCUUUGACGUGGACCCCGUCGUCAUGGUUCAGAGUAUGCAUGAGUUAGACGACCUGCGCAAGAAGUACGCCUCGACAUGUCAGCUACACAUGCAAGUGAAGGUCGCCAAGGUGUGGAUGGAAGAGACUGUAAGCCGUGAGCUGACGUGCGCUCACCAGGACAAUGAGGCUCCCUAUUCCCUCGCAAGGACGAGGAAGUACGGUCACGUCGACGUCCACCUCAUGGACUGGGCGCUCGCAUACGGGAGCGGAAGGAGCGGCAUGGUCCGUUACCUGCUGGACGGCACGAAAGCUGUCUCCUUCAUGGAAGUAGAGGUCAGCGUCUCCUGGCCCGGAGGAAUUCCUGGGAUAGAGGACAGGAAGAGUCAACGCGACGCGUCGAUCACCAACAUCGAGACCUUGUUUGACGACUCGAAGGAAGAUCUCAUCAUUGAUCCCGAGGUCAACAAGUUCGUGCUCCUAGAGCCUGAGGCCUCGGGAGAUGAUCCGUCGGGAUGGAGGGACAAGAUGAGCAGAGGAAUGUCGAAACCGCAGGACUGGCAGAAAGAGAUGUGCAACGAUGACAAGGCAAGCAGCAUGUCAAUCGGUGUUAGCUGA